AUGUCACUCUCUUUACCAAACGCCUGCGUUCCUGGAACGUUCAGCCCAUCUGUUUUUGGUGCCAAUAUCUCAUCUGUCCAAGCGAACUUGGUUUCCAACUAUAGUAGCUUCGCCAUUGAUUACUUCCGCUACACCGCACCAUCCGUCCAGGUGGAAAAUGCCACAUUUUGCAACGUCACAGUCACGUACACCCACCCUGGUCAGAAUGACACGGUCAUUACUGAGGCCUGGCUUCCACUCAACUGGAACGAGCGAUUCAUGGCGGCUGGUGGAGGAGGAUGGACUGCCGGUCGUUUCUUUCUGUCCUACAGCAAUAUGGACGGUGCAAUCGCGGAUGGGUAUGCUACCGUAACUACCGAUGCCGGCUUGGGAAAUAGUUCGACACCCGAAACCUGGGCUUUGCGGAGCCCCGGUGUUGUCGAUCUCUUCAAGUACCAGAAUAUGGGUUCUGUUGCUCUCAACGACGAGGCAAUUAUCGCCAAGUCCCUUAUUAAGAGCUUUUAUGGUAAAGACCCAAAGUAUUCCUAUUGGAACGGUUGCUCUCAUGGUGGCCGGCAGGGCAUGAUGAUGGCUCAACGGUUUCCAAGUGUUUAUGAUGGUAUUGCUGCUGGCGCGCCGGCAAUCCACUGGAACGAACUCGCGUCAUACGCUGGGUGGGCAUACCAAAUCAUGAGCGAAAUCAAGGAAUACCCCUAUCCUUGCGAAGUAGAUGCGAUCACUGCGGCUGCUGUCUCCGCUUGCGACUCUCUAGACGGCGUCACUGAUGGUAUCAUUGCUGAAGCUGAGGAAUGCCUGGUUCGGUUCGACCCGUUUUCCGUGGUAGGGAAAACAACUGCCUGUGCACAGCUUAACGGCACGGAGAAGGCGAUCAGUAAAACGGCAGCCAUCGUGGUUAAUGCAACUUGGCAUGGUAUGACCACCGAGGAUGGGCAGCAGGUAUACCACGGCCUUUUGCCCGGAGCAGACUUGACUGGGAACGGCAAGAACUCGCUGGGCCAAGGUGGACUGGCGGCCACAUUGUGCAAUGAGAGUGGAUGUGGUGUGGGAGCGGGCAAAGGUUCGAUUUUCUUCAGGCUAUUUGUAGAGAAGAACGCCGAAGCCGAUGUCUCCAACAUUACCCGUGCUCAAUUUGAUGAUUUCGUACAUUCGGCUCGUCAACAGUACGACUCCUUCAUGGAGACUGCGGAUCCGGACUUGAGAAGAUUUCAGGAGGCUGGGGGCAAGUUGCUUACCUUCCAUGGAUUGGCUGACAGCAGUAUUCCUUCGAGGGCUACCAAAGAAUAUUACAACGCUGUCACUGGGGUAAUUCCCAAUAUCCAUGAUUUUUACAGAUACUACGAGGUACCUGGCCUUGGUCAUUGCUUUGGUGGUGUCAGUGGGCAACCGGACAGUCUUUUCCAACAGCUACGAAACUGGGUCGAGAAUGGCACUGCACCGGAAAGCACUCCUGUUAAGGUGACAGUCGGUGAAAAUGAAGUUCACAACCGCAUCCUAUGCCCAUAUCCGCAGAAGGCCCAGUUCAGUACCAAGUGCGGCAACGCAUCCGUGGCGGACUGCUGGGCUUGUGCCAAGCCUAGUGGCUCUAACAGUUUAAAAAACACUGCCUCUAGCAGCAUCAAGGCCACACAGCUCAGGUUAGUUUAG